AUGAUCGAUGCAGACGAUUACAACCCUGAGGAGGAGGCGGUCAAGGUCGAGUACGAUGUUGAGGCCUGUGAAUGGAAGAGGACGACGAGGAAGAUCAUGAUAGGCAAGGACUUCUUCGAUUCUGGAGAGAAAUUUGGUUGUGUCUUUGUCAGGGAUGUGCUAGAGGGACAGGUUCAUGUUAUCAAGAGGCUGCUUCAUGCCGAAGAACCGCCAGAGGCAGUUUAUGAGACUGUCCGGACCGAGGCUAUCGCCUGCUCCAUGGCAGAUUGCUACAACACCUACGACCCCCCCAAGAAGGUUACCUUCGUUCCAACCUUCAUUUACCUCCUAGUCGGGCGGGCGGGCCAGCCUGCAGUGCGGGUAGAGCCGUACAUCCACAACUUCCGCAAGGAGCCGGUGAGGACAUUGACGUUGGAGCACAGACUUGAUCUGGACACCCUGGAGGCCUUCGAGCUAUUCACCUACGAGCGCUCGCAAGCCUCCUUCGUGCUGGUCGACCCUUUCUACAUCUCCGACCUCUGGUACAGGCCGACGUGCCACUCGGUGGACGGGGAGGCGUCGGACGGGAUGGACCUUGGCCUCAAGGGGAUACAGCUGUUCCUCGUGAAGCACCGGUACAACCCUGUGUGCCAGAAACUGGGCCUGAGGAACCCCUCCUGCCUGCUCGGGCUGCGCAGCGAGGACAGGACCCUCGAGCUUCCUGCAGUCCCUUCCGCGUCUUCGCUUCCUCCUAGCAAGACUCCCGGUGCUAGCGUGGGAGGUCGUACGAGCUCCUUGCCGCGGUCGAUCCCUCGAUCAGGCACAAAGACCAAGAGCAGGAAGCUGGAGGAGAGGGGAAGGAGGAGCAAGAGCAGGGCGUCGUCCUCCUCCUCCAACCGCAACGGGAUGGCGGGGAUGCAGCUCGAGAUCGCCAACAGGCAGGUGACUGUGCUGCGAGUCUGCAAGGACGGGCCGGCUGACCAGGCGGGACUGAGGCGGGGCCACGUCAUCCGAACGAUCGGCGGGGUGGCGGUGAAGGGGAUGGACAUGGCGGCAGUCCAGCGGCUGCUGGAGGGGAAGCACGGAGCUGUGAAGAGGAUAGUGGCCGCAAACUCCGUGGUGGAGCAAGACCUGGUGUUCGACAUGACUCUCGCAGCUGGGAUCGUGGUGAACGAUCGAUUCCUGUUUGCUGACACGGAGGAGGUGUGGGACGAGGACUUUCCGUCACAGCCGCAGCAGCGACACGAUAGCAAGAGCUCUUCGCAGGGGGGCGGCAGGGAGACGGGCCCGUCCGAGUCGCAGACUUAUGUGCAGGGUGUGGGGGGUAUCGCGCUCGCUGCUGAUUCGACGGGCAUAGACGAUGACUGGGAAACAGUGGAUGUGGAGGCUGAAGCGGAGGAGGCUGAUGAGGAGGAGGCAACUGGAGGGGUAGCUGAGUUUGAGGAGGAGGAGGAGCUCGGCGAUGAGGAGAAAGAGGAGCAGGAGCAGGAGCUCAACAAGGAGGUACUGGUGGUGGGUCGCGAUGUUCCCAUCCUGCUUGGCAUGAGGGUACGGAUGCUGCCGGAGUACAUGCAGCAUGGCACUGGCUCAGUACAGUCGGCGAACUUCCUGAGGAAGUACGUGGCGGUCAAGUGGGACGACGGAUGGGAGGAUUCCUGCCUGUACGUGGGGGGAGGGGGAGAGUACUACCUGCGUCAGUGGAGGGAGGGGAAGGGACGAGAUUGA